AUGCGCCGCUGUCAUAAACAGCUUAUGGCUUCGACAUCAUAUCAGCCGCGAAACAUGAGCUAUGAGGAAUUGAAGGCGGCAUUGUUGUUCGUCACGAGACAACCAGAAUCCCCUAUGCUCAGCAUCUGGAUUCAGAAGUUCGCGAUAAUCUUGAAACGAGCUGGACCAACUGUCUAUAUUAACCCGCUGCUCGCGCACCCGUUUUUUAUGUUCAAGCAUGUCUAUCGUGAGAAUCUGCACUGGUUCCCGAAGGAUCGAUAUGUGUUCGAUGGUGAAGGCAUUCGAUUUCUUAUUGCAUUCCGUCGUCGAAAUUUCAACGAGUCUGGUGAGUUCAAGCCGUAUCCGCACAUGGAUGUUGAUCAGGAAGGUUGCCGUCGGUUGAUCAGAUACUGCAAAACGCUCAAAGAUGGCAACGGCACCCAAGGAUGUAUGCAUUUGAAAGGAAUGUCAAAGUUCAUCGCCGAGUCAAUUGAGUUCGAGCUUCUCUUCUAUGAAGACUAA